CUUAACAGUCUCCCUGUUGAAAUCAACAUGGCUUUUCAAACGUAUGGGUUACCUCUGUGUAAAGUAACCUUACUUUUCCUGUUGGGUCUCUUUGCUGUUGGAGAUGGACAAUACAAGGGCUUCAGGAGGUUCAGUCAAGUGCAGGAUACCAAGCAGAGAGAUGUGUUUGAGGAGCAGUGGUUCACCCAGAAACUGGAUCACUUUAAUGGUGCAGACAGCAGAGAGUGGAAGCAAAGGUACUUUGUAAACGAAGCCUUCUACAGGCCAGGUGGUCCAGUGUUUCUGAUGAUAGGUGGAGAGGGUCCAGCCAAUCCAGCAUGGAUGCAGAACGGAACCUGGCUCACCUACGCUGAGAAACUGGGAGCCCUUUGCUUGAUGCUGGAACAUCGCUUCUAUGGAAAGAGUCACCCGACAGUUGACCUCAGCACAGACAACCUGCGUUUCCUCAGCAGCCGUCAGGCUUUAGCCGACCUCGCACACUUCCGCACCGUGAUGGCCGAGGCCCGGGGGCUGACCAACAGGAAGUGGGUGGCGUUUGGUGGGUCGUACCCAGGUUCUCUCGCUGCCUGGUUCAGGCUGAAGUAUCCUCACCUGGUCCAUGCCUCUGUGGCCACGAGCGCACCUGUUCACGCUGCUGUCAACUUCCCAGAGUACUUGGAGGUUGUGUGGCGUUCGCUGGCGUCGGAGAACGCGGAGUGCCCCCUACUGGUGAAAAAGGCUUCAGAUACCCUGCUGGAACGCCUGAGGGAUCCCAAGACUUAUGACAACAUCACUAAAGACUUCAACUUGUGUUCCAAACUGCAAAUCCAGACAGAGACGGACUCUGCCUACCUCCUGGAAAUGCUGGCUGGCAACUUCAUGGAUGUUGUCCAGUACAAUCAAGACAACAGGGGGUUUGAGGGCGUGAUAGGCACCAACAUCACCAUCAAGGUGCUGUGUGGCGUGAUGGGUGACACCUCGCUGGGGGAGCCCUACGCCCGCUAUGCCGCUGUGGCCCGCCUCAUGAUGGACACCUUCUCUGUGAAAUGCCUGGAUGCCAGCUACAGCACCUACCUGAGAGACAUGAGUAACCCGUCCUGGGAGGGGCCGGCUGCAGGGGGAGGGAGACAGUGGGUCUACCAGACCUGCACUGAAUUUGGAUUCUACCAGAGCACCGAUUCGCCCAAUCAACCAUUCAUUGGCUUCCCUCUUGUGUAUCACGUGAAACAGUGUGCAGACUUCUACAAUGUCAGCGCCGAGCAGCUGGCCGAGGCCGUGGCUCAGACCAACGAGUACUACGGCGGCUACGACAUCCGCUCCAGCAGAAUAGUUUUCCCCAACGGGUCCAUUGACCCCUGGCACGCCCUGGGAAUCACGCAGGACAUCGCACCUAGCCUCCCUGCUGUUUUCAUCACAGGAACAGCACACUGUGCCAACAUGUACCCUGCCAGGAGCGAGGAUCUCGCCCAGCUGGCUCUGGCCCGCGACCACAUCUACUUACUCCUGCAGCAGUGGCUGAAGCAGUGACGGGCAGCUGAAUCAGUGGCUUUGCAAAACAAACUAAUUAUUCUUUUAUCCAGAUCGUUGACAUUGGAGUGAGACUGCUUAUUAUGCUGCAACAUUUAUGACUGAUUGAGAAGGCACUUUACAAAAGCACGAGUGGGUACAAAGUUCAGGCAAUUCUGAGCGAAUUAAUAAAGAUGUUGUUUUUUUUU